AUGGAAAUGGAGUUUCUGCUGAUACUCUCCCUGUUAUCUUGCACUGCUUCCUUUGUACACUCUGCAAGCAACAAGACCAACUGUGAUCAACUGAUAUCAAAUAAUGUCACGUGUAAACAGGUUGCCUGUUCUCCACAACCAUGUUCGACUACCUGUGGGGCGACGACGCCGUAUGAUGAAUGCACACAGUACUGUACAGGAGGCGGUUGCGACACGUUAGCCUGCACUUUGUCCAUCGUGAACUGCACACAAGCCUGCACCUUGGGCGGAUGUAAAUCGCUAGAGUGCGACUCCAAAAGAUGCGUACAAGGUUGCACCGGAGGUAAGUGCAAUAUGACCUGCUCCUCCAACGCCGAUAAAUGCAGUCAGAUCUGCAUUGGAGGACUCUGUAAGAUGAUCUGCGCUCCGGGUGUCAAGGAAUGCAAUCAGAUUUGCUCUUCAGGGGGAUGCACUUUCCAGUGCGAAGCAGAUAAAUGCUCUCAAGACUGCACUGGUGGAGGUUGCACAGGAAUCAACUCAACAAAGACCAGCUGUGAUCCAGGAUUGUCAAGUAAUGUCAAGUGCUACCAAGGUGCUUUCUGUCCACUCGGCUUUUCACAAUCAUGUUCGACCAUCUGUGGGGCGACUAGGCCCUAUGAUCAAUGCGAGCAGUCCUGUACAGGAGCCGUUUGCGACACGUUAACCUGCACUUCGUCCAUCGUGAACUGCUCGCAAUCAUGCCUCGGGGGCAGAUGCAAGUCUCUACAAUGCGACUCCAAAAUAUGCGAACAAGAAUGCAAAGCAGGUUUGUGUAAUAUGACCUGCUCCUCCAACGCCGAUGAAUGCAAUCAGAGUUGCCCAGGGGGACUCUGUAAGAUGACCUGUGCAUCCGGUGUUAAGGAAUGCAAUCAGAUUUGCCGCGGGGGAGGAUGCAUAUUUCAGUGCGAAGCAGACAAAUGCUCCCAAGCCUGCCCUGGCGGAGGUUGCACAGGGAUCAACGCAACGAGUUGUGAUCCAGGAUUGUCAAGUAAUGUCAAGUGUUACCAGCGUGCCUGCUCUCUACAACCAUGUUCGACCAUCUGCGGGGUGGCUGCGCCCUAUGAUCAAUGCGAGCAGUCCUGUACAGGAAGCGUUUGCGACACUUUGGCCUGCACUUCGUCCAUCGUGAACUGCGCGCAAUCAUGUCUCGGGGGCAGAUGCAAGUCUCUACAAUGCGACUCCAAAAUAUGCGAACAAGAAUGCAACGGAGGUAUGUGUAAUAUGACCUGCUCGUCCAACUCCGAUAAAUGCAUUCAGAGUUGCACCUAUGGCAACUGCCAGUCGCUAGAAUGCGACUCCAAAAGAUGCGAACAAGAAUGCAGCGGACGUCUGUGUAAUAUGACCUGCUCUUCCAACGCCGAUGAAUGCAUUCAGAGUUGCCCAGGGGGACUCUGUAACAUGAUCUGCGCACCAGAUGUAAAGGAAUGCCAGCAAAUUUGCAGCGGAGGAGAAUGCGCUUUCCAGUGCGAUGCAGAUAAGUGCUCCCUAAUCUGCCCUGGAGGAUUUUGCUCAGAGAUCAACGCGUCUCCUACGAGCACAGGCGCUGAUUCUAAGGGUUCGGUUUUUUCAGGUUUGAUGCUCGCCUUUAUUGCUUUUGUCAACAACAACCAGUAUGACUAA